AUGACCGCCCUCGUUGUGCGCUCGCCCUUGCAGACUCUCAGCAUGUCAUCGACACAGCGGGCGACGACGACGACGCGCCGCCGCAGCGCGCGCCACGCCUUUGAUGCCGAGGAACAACACGAUGCCGCGCCCAUCGCGAAGCGCAGCAGGACAGAGCCGGAAACGAACGGCACGGGCGGUGGGAAGCAGGCAGGUGGGGGGAAAGUGAACGCGGCCUAUGACGAGGAGGACGACGGCUUCACUUUCUCGCGCAAGACGCGCUCGCGGAAAGCAGUGAAGCCCGCGGCGAAACCUGCCCCCGCCGAAGUGAGCGCGUCAGCGCCAGCUCCCCCACCUGCACCCGCACCCGCAAAGAACUCGAAAAAGAAGACUUUGGCUGCGAUUGCGCCUGCGGUUGCGGACGAGAUUGCGCCCAAAAGACGGCGGUCUGCGCGUUUGUCGGGUGACCAUAUGAAUCAGACUCAGCAACCAGCGCAGUUCUCGACGCCCGUGGCCGAUAAAUCGCAAUCGCGCGCGAAAAGGCAGUCUGCGAAGAAGAACGACCAGACUCCGCAUGGCGACGAUAGCUUGGCGCUGAUCGGGGAACAAGCACACUCAGACCAGCCGAGCCGCGAGGGCACCAAGAUCGCGCUGCCGUUCGCUGACACGCCCAUUAUCAAGCGGAACAAGGAGAUGCGCAAGGGUGGUGCAUCAGGACACAGGAGAAGCAGCACGGGAUUACGCGGCCGACGAGCCAGCUCGCUCAUCGACAGCGGUACUUCAAAUGCCAUGCCGCAUGCGGAGGUCACACCGGAGGACUUUUACAAGCACAUUGAAGACAGUUUGCCGGAGCCGAGGCGCAUGAAGCAGUUGCUUACCUGGUGUGGAACGAGAGCACUGCCGGAGAAGCCGUCAGGUGAAAUCAAGGACGCGAGCGCGGUCAUGGCAGCACGUGCGAUACAGCAGGAACUUCUCAACGAUUUUGCGAGCAAAUCGGAAUUGUCGGAUUGGUUCAAUAGAGAAGAUGCAGCGCCCACCGAGCUGGUACGAAAGCCGAACCCGCGAAACGUGGAGAUGGCGGCGAAGCUUGAGGAGUUGGAACGAGAAGUCAAACGACUGGAAGACGAAAAGAAGACGUGGGAAGCGCUGCUCAAGACGCCAAAAGCAUCAACAUCAAAGGCCGCCGCCGCCAACAAGUCGCUACAGCCCUCGCCCGCAGACACGGCGCCGGACAUUGACGCCUCGGUCCUCGACCCCGAGCAAGCAGCCAUCCUAGCCAGCCUGACAGGCCUAUCCCUCUCCACUGCUCCCAACGAUACCACCACAAAGGACACAGACACGGCCUCUGCAGACACGGCGAACCAACAACCUCCAACAACCACAACCCCCGCCAGCGCAAGCAGCACAGAAGCCAUCCAUGCGCGCCUCGCCGCCCUCGCCACAUCCCUCGAGCCCAGCAUCGACCUCUUCGCCGACGGCGUCCACACCCUCACCCAGUACCGCGGCGCGGCGGAGCGGGCGGCUGACGCGGCGCUGGCGCUUGCGGCUGGACGGCUGGAGGAGCGCGAUCGUGCUGCGCGGGAACGGGCGGGCACGCUGGCUAUGGGCGGGGGUGACGUGUUGAGGGCUUUGGCGGGGGUGCUG